AUGGCUAUCUCACCACCUCAUACUAGAUCGAAGACCAAGGAAACUCGAACGGUUUCUGAAGCUUCACUGAUGACCCCCGCCAGAUCAUCAACAGCAGAAUCACCCAUUGCAGCACCCAUAAAGGCCAACUCUAAGUCUAGCCAGGCAUUCCUCCCAACACCACCCACCAAGCGCAAAAACACAUGCCGCGACAACCCGAUCCCGCUCAAGCUGCAGAAAACAACCUCGACUUCCAGGGCUGCGACUCGCUCUGAAACUCUUAGCUGGUUGGCGGACCUUGAAGAGGAGGAUUUUGAGCUUCCUCAGUCUCCAACUCCUGCCGGUUCCGGGGCUAUCGAGGACGACACAAGUGAAGGUGAGCAAGAGAAUGUGUCUAAGCUUGGACCCAAGUCGUUCCAAUGCGGAAGUUUUACAAAAAGCUGGGAAGAGAUUGGACAGCAACGGAACUUUGAGUUCUUCCAAGCCUAUCCUCACGAUGAGUUUUCAACUCUCUGCGUGUGGCAUUUUAUGCAGCUUGCAGAGAGCUGGUACUCUCGCCGCAAACCUAUGGUGAACCGCCAGAUUCAGAAGCUUGUCAAGGCUGGCUUAACUCAUAAGCCUGACUUUUCGAAACUGGCCCUCCCUGUAUGUGAAGAGACCUGGACCGUCAAGAGCCUUGAAGACUUUACGACCGAGUUACGCCACCGGAUCAAUGAUGCCACUAAUCGGGUGAUGGUCAACCAUAGGCAAAUCCUUGAUAUCACUGAGGAACGACCCAUCUGUGAGCUUGGAAACCAGGAACACCCUCUCAAGUGCUCAUUAUGUACCAACUAUGAGUUGCCAUGUAAGGGUGAUUACAUCGAGGUUGACAGGGCACAUUGUCGUAUGGAUGAUCCACCCUACGUCCUAAACCCAUAUUAUGCCACCAUAGAGAAGGCCUCCAGCCCUGUUCCCGACUGUUGCCACCCAAAGGCUCUCACGAUUCUCAUGGGUGACAAAGGUAAAGAUUACAUGGAGUGCGAGGAAUGUUGUUACAGCCAGGCACUCCCUCAGCACGCCCUCCAGGGGCCCAAGAGUUAUGCCAUAAAAGUAGCUGGGACUCGUAUCCCAGUCCAAGUUCGUCCCCAGCGACUUUGUCUGAACAGCAAGCUCGGGCAUGUCGAUGUUGGAGGCAUUCAUGUGAUUGUUGACUACUGUGCUAGUGGGCAGCGAAUGAUCAAGUUUCGGUCGACCCAGUUCUCAAAGGCUCAUGAGAUGCAUGCCUUGGACUUCCACUUGGAGCACGAGAUCGAGAUGCUUGAUGAUGCGCUGCCCGAAGAGUCCCACGAGGUAGAAGCUGGGUUCAACGAGCUAUAUUGGCAAGAGGGUGCUUAUAACGCAAUUACUCAAUGUUCCAAUCUAUUUGAUAACUGUUCGUGUCAUUAA